CCUUCAUCAUCCACAUCACUAAAAACCGAGUAACAAACAAUGGAGAAUCUCUCCACUUUUCACAUUCUCUUCUUAGUGUUCAUCACAAGUGGUGUUGCUGUUUCCACCACUGAAUUCACUUUGCAGAACAAUUGCCCUUACACCGUCUGGCCCGGAACUCUCACAGGGAACGGCGGAAACAUCCUCGGCGACGGCGGAUAUCAGCUGAAUCCAGGCGCUUCCGUACAGCUCAGAGCUCCUCCAGGAUGGACUGGCCGCUUCUGGGCUCGUACCGGCUGCAACUUCGACUCCUCCGGCAACGGUAAAUGCGUCACAGGAGACUGCGGCGGCGUUCUCAAAUGUGCCGGCGCCGGCGGAGUUCCUCCAGUCACACUCGCCGAGUUCACUGUCGGAGAAAAGGAUUACUACGACGUGAGUCUCGUCGACGGCUACAACGUCAAGAUGGGGAUAAAACCGCAAGGAGGGUUCGGAGACUGCGAUUACGCAGGCUGCGUUUCCGACCUCAACAUGGUUUGCCCUAACGAGCUUCGUGUCAUGGAUCCGCAGAACAACGUGGCGGCGUGCAAGAGCGCAUGCGCGGCGUUUAACAAGGAGGAGUAUUGCUGCACCGGUGCUCACUCCACGCCGCAAACUUGUUCUCCCACGACUUACUCGAUGACGUUCAAGAAAGCUUGCCCUGAUGCUUAUAGCUAUGCUUAUGAUGAUGAAACUAGUACGUUCACUUGUGCCGGAGCUAACUACUUGAUCACUUUCUGCGCCACCGGUUCUUAAUAUAUGGAGCUUCGGUUUAGGUUCGGGUCGAGUUUAUCUCCUUUAAUCAUGUUUGUUUUGGUUGCUUGCUAUGUACGGAAGAUGAAUAUCUUCUUCCACUUCUAUGGUUUUACUUGUGUAUUCAGUUGUUGCACCCAGCUGAUUUGCAUUAUGGCCUACAAAUAAAAUAAUGAUAAUGAUUUCUGGAGACAAA